GCUGUUGCCAAAAGGGACAUCGCUUUACAAAGCGGCAGCUACUUAGGAGGCUCAAGCCCCACAGAAAAGGGUACUCUAGAUACCUCCACCCAAUACACAGGAGCUCGAGUGUCCAUUGAGGAGGGGACAUGGAGACCAGUCUACUCUGAGCACCUAGCCAGAGCAGAUUGUAUUUACUGGCUUUUAUAAAUAAUUUUUCCUCAACUGCGACACAUAUUUGAAAAGAAGCAAUAAGUCUUAGAGAAAUCAGAAAAAUGAGAAGAAGGAAAAUAAAAACUACCUUGGAAGAAACUAAGGCUAAUGUGCUGGGAAUCACCCACUGUCAGGGAACCACUCAUUCAUUCCACAAAUCCUUGCUGUGUAUCAGGCCCUCCCCCAGGCCCUGGGGGUACAGCAUGAAUAACCAGACUGCAGGCCUCAUCUCAUGGGGGAAGGUGGAUAAGAAGCAAGUGGUCCUUCUGGGAGACAGGGACAGGGGUGGAUGGGCCUUAGGCCUGGGCUCUUCCUACUCAACACUCACCGUCCCCAGCGCCUGCCUUUCCCCUGAAGGGGACCUUGGAAUGGCGGUGCCACUUGCGACGCCCAGACUCCAGGAGGCCGUUGUGUUUGAGGACGUGGCUGUGUACUUCACGAGAAUAGAGUGGAGUUGCCUGGCCCCCGACCAGCGGGCACUGUACAGGGACGUGAUGCUGGAGAACUACGGGCACGUGGCCUCACUGGGCUUUCUCGUUGCCAAACCAGCGCUGAUCUCCCUCUUGGAACAAGGGGAGGAGCCAGGGGCUUUGAUUCUGCAGGUGGCUGAGGAGCAAGGGACUGUGGCCAACCUGUGCCCAGAUUCUAGGAUGGAGGCCGGGGUCAAGGAGUCUUCUCCGGGGAGUGUGUCCUCUAAGCAGUUAGGACUGUUGGGCACAGUUUGGGGGCGCCUCCCUGAGGAGAGGAAUGGCCGUCCUAAAGAUGGGUCAGAUAAACGACAACUCGACCCCCAGGCAGGCGGCCUUGGUGGGGAACUUAGCACGUCCCUGGGGACCCUGGAGGCAAAACAGCCAGGCUUGGGCCCUGCAGAGGCUGCUGGGGACAGAGUGUACAGGUGUGCUUGCGGCAAGGCGUUCAAGUACAACUCGCUGCUGCUCAGGCACCAGGUCAUCCACACGGGGGCCAAGCCCUACCAGUGCACCGAGUGUGGCAAGGCCUUCAAGCAGAGCUCCAUCCUCCUGAGACACCAGCUCAUCCACACUGAGGAGAAGCCCUACCAGUGCAGCGAGUGCGGGAAGGCCUUCCGGCAGAGCACUCAGCUGACCGCACACCACAGGGUCCACACGCGGGAGAAGCCCUACGAGUGCGGCGAGUGCGGGAAGGCCUUUGGCCGCAGCUCCCGGCUCCGGCAGCACCAGAAGUUCCACACGGGAGAAAAGCCGUACGAGUGCGGCGAGUGCGGGAAGGCCUUCUGCCGCAGGUUCACCCUCAACGAGCACGGCCGCAUCCACAGCGGGGAGCGGCCGUACACGUGCCUGCAGUGCGGGCAGCGCUUCAUCCGCGGGUCGUCGCUCCUCAAACACCACCGGCUGCACGCCGGGGACGGCCCCCGAGAAGACGGCGGCCGCCAGAACCCCCAGCCCGGCGGCGCACAGAAGACCGCCUCGGGCGCCAGGCCGUUCGAGUGCCCCGUGUGCCAGAAGCCCUUCAAACACAACUCCUUGCUCCUCCUGCACCAGAGGCUGCACACGGGCGAGAAGCCCUUCGAGUGCAGGGAAUGCGGCAAAGCCUUCAGCCGGAAGUCCAACCUCACUCUGCACCAGAAGACCCACACCAAGCAGAAGCCCUUUGCCUGCACGGAGUGUGGCAAGGCUUUCCGCAGGAGCUACACGCUGAAUGAGCACUACCGGCUCCACGGUGCCCAGAGGCCCUACCGGUGCCGGGCCUGUGGCGGGGCCUGCGGCCGGCCGUCAGCCCUCAUCCAACACCAGAAAGUCCACGGGCCCGCGUGUUCCCGGGAGGGUGGGGAGGACAGACGGGUGCCCCGCUGGGCUCCCCGUUGAGUUGAUGAGAGGCGGAGAACUCAUCCAGGAGGGGGCCCCAAGGCAGAAGGCUGUCGGUCCUCCCCGCUUGGCUGUGAGAAGGGUCAGGGCCAGGGCUGUGGUCGAGCAGCCCGAGGGAAGGGCAGUGAGGAAGGCUGAGCCAGAGCGGGUCCCCCCACAACUGCUGAGCCCAGAUGCCCGCGGGAGGGCGGCAUUUCUAAACCGUCCAAGUCUGCGCCUGGAGGCACACGCGGGCUCCAACACAAGUGGGGGUUGGGGGUGGGUUUCGUUUUCUCUUUCCACUCCUCGGUUUUCCAAAUAUUGACUUGUGAUGGGGGGAGGGGAGCGGAAUCUGUUGGCUUUUUUUUUUUUUUUUUUGGAUGUUCAUUUGUUACUAGAAUUGACCAAGAUCAGACUGUUGGCAGGGGACCCAGCCACCUAGUGGGGCAGAGGACUAGAAUCCACACAACACCUGCCAUGGAGACGUUGGGAACUCUCAGACCCAGGGUUUGUUGACAAGCCACGGCAAAGCUGGAG